GGGACGGCUGCAACUGCUUCCCUCUGCUGGCUGCUGCUCCCCGGGCACGGCUCCGGACAGACAGACGGAUGUGUGCACAUCUGUACCCAUGCACUGCCCAACGCGCUGCAUCCACGGCACCCAGCCCUGAUGGCAGCUUGGGGGCUGCAGCUGUGGAUUGGGGAUGGGGUACCCAACACUGCCCCAGAGAGAUGCCCUGGGAUGGUGGGGACAGAGCUGCAGCAUCAAGCUCUGUUGGCUCAGCAGAAUGAGACCCUUCUCUGGGUCUGGGUUCGUCACCAGAGGACAGAGGGGAGGUGACAGGCUUUGCUGAAGCUCCGUGACCUCAUGGCUGUGGGAAAGUGAUUUUCCCAUGGUGGCGAUGCAGUGAGCAGCCCCAGCUGGUGAGGGAAGAGACCGCGAUGUUGGUGGCCCAGCAGUGUCACUGACAUCCCCACCUGCUGGAGCAGAGCUGGAAGGGACAGCCCAGUCUGCUCCCUUCCAAAUUCCUGGGGUACACCAACCCUGAGUGCGUGCCCCUUGCAGGGACCCACCUGCUCCAGAGCCCCGUGGGGACCGAGCUGACCCCCAUCUGUGCCCAACAUCCCAAACUGGGGCUGCUGGGACAGCCGGGACCGGUGCCAGCAUGGUGAUGUUGGCCUCGGGGAGCACGAACCAGUUCCUGACUGCACAGCGAGCCCUGCCCUGUUAAUGAGGGAUAAUGAGGUGCCUCUCCUGGUGCUGCAGACUUGCCCCCUGGCCAUGCUGGCUGCCAGCGCUGCCCCCAGCAGGCAUCAGCCCCAGACGGUGACCCCAGUGCAGCUCUGCGGGGUUUUGUCCCCUUUCUCUGACUUUUUUUAAAAUUUUGCUGAGCGAAGGGCUCUGCACACUCAGCACCUCUGGGUUCAUCCCCCAACCCGGGAUGCUGCGACUGUCGCUCUGUUCAGCAGCUCAUGGCCAGCGCCAUGACCCCAGUUGUCCCCACAGGCACAGCACAGCAGGGCCAGCUUCUGCCAGGGGCUGGCAUGGGAACAGACGGAGCUGUCAUGGUCGGGAACGAGACAGGCUGGAAAGGCGCCGGUGUUUUGCUGCUGGGAAAGGAGGACUCUGGCAGGACUGGGCUGCGCCACACAGCCCCAUCCCUGCUCAGUGCGGUCACAUGGAGCUGGAGAUGCUGUCUUCACUGUGGGACAGACUGGGGACACCAAGUCCUUGGGGAGGAGGGGGGGGGAAUGGGGGCACAGGAGCUCUGUGCUGGAUGCUGAGGGAUUGGAGCAGCUCCCUUGGGUGCAGGGCUGAUGGGUGCACAGCCACCUCGGGAUGGUGGCAUGGACAUUUCCAUCUGCGGAUGUUCCCCUCCCGGCUCCCUCCCCAUGGUCCCUUCAUGGUUGGUGCUGCACCCACAGCAUCGUGCCCAGGCAGCACUGCAUCCUGUAGCCCCACGCUUAAGACCCACAGAUCUCUUCUACAGCUUCUACUGCACCCCACAGCCCUCUAUCCUGGCUGCUUCUGAACCCCAUAGCCCCCUGCCCCAGAUAGCCCCGCACCCACAGCCCUCUGUCCUUAUUGGUGCUGCUCCCCAGAAUCCCACUGCACCCCACAGCCCCUUCCUGGCUUAGAAGUGCCCCCAGAGCCCCCCCUGCCCAGCUGGCACUGCACCCCAUAGCUCCACAUGCGGGUGCCGUUGCCCUCCACAGCCUUGCAACCAUCCCAUGCUGCACCCCUGCAGCCCCAGCACUGCAGCUCCAUGCCUUGCCGUCUCCCUGCCGUGCCUUUGCCGACGCCGUGCCCUGGGCUGUUUGCACGGGGCCCCAGGGCCGGACCCGCCCGCAGGCACCCCGACGGCACCGCGCAGGUGGGUGCAGCGGGGCGGCAUCGGGCCCGGCCGGGCUUCGCCUGGGCGUGAAGGGCGCUGCACGGCGCUGCACGGCGCUGCACGGCAGGAGGGGCCAGGCGAGGCGGGGAUGGAAUGCAAGUGGGAGAGCGGCCGGGCGUGUGGCAACAGAUCCUGGGGAGCGCGGAGCCGGGGAUCCCACACGCUGCGUGGGGCAGGACGCCCAGCUCAGCCGUAGGGACGGCGGAAUGGGGCGUCCCGUCGCUGCCGCCCCGCUGUGAGAACCGGCGGGGGGCACCGAGCUGCGGGGUCCCGACGGCCGCGGGGGGAGGGGUGGAAAUCCCCGGCGGGGGAUGCGCGGCUGCGGGAGCCGAGGAGCCGCCAUGACCCCCGAGAAGGUGCUGCGGGAAGGGGUGCUGGAGAAGCGCAGCGGGGGGCUGCUGCAGCUCUGGAAGAAGAAGCGGUGCCUGCUGACCGAGAAGGGGCUGCAGCUCUUCGAGCCCAAGGGCUCGCGUCGAAAGGAGCUGAGCUUCGCCCGCAUGAAGGCGGUGGAGUGCGUGGAGUGGAAGGAGCGGCACAUCUACUUCACGGUGGUGAUGGACGACAGCCACGAGAUCGACUUCCGCUGCGCCCAGGAGGACCCGGGCUGGAACGCCGCCAUCACCAUGGGCCUCGUCCGCUUCAAGAACCAGCAGGCCAUCCAGGUGGUGCGGGCACGGCACAGCUGCAGGGCAGUGGUGCAGUACGACGCAGCUGCAGUGGGACAGCGCGCGGCUGUGCAGCAUCCCCGGAGCAGGAUGGAGACGGCGCUCAGCUCAGUGGGAGGAGGGGAGAAUAGGAUCCCAGCCGGCAACUGAGCCCUCGGGGCUCCCCAGGAAGGCCAGUGCAGGCACCGGCCCCAGUGCCGUGGGGCAGGACAGUGAGGCACCAGGGCAUGGCUGCGGGGCUCCGGCUGCGCCCGCUUGGACCGAUGGGGCAGAGGGCACAGCCAGGGCCACACCAGGGGCUCCCGAAGGUGAUGGAUGUGGCCAGGCCCAUGGCGGACUGGUGGAGACCCCCGGGCCUCUCCUGCAGGACAGGGGAUGGGAUGGGUGAGGCCGACCUGAAGGAAGCAGCGCGGUGCUGAGCCAUGGGACAUCGGAUGUGGAUGGGGACACAAACCCCCUGAGACCCCGCAUGGUGGAAGGACUGGAGAGGGGACCCCUCGGUCACCAUGCCGGGAUGGUGCGGUGACACGGCUGUGCCGCUGGAUGCUGCCCUGGGGAUGGCAAUGUGACACUGUGGCCCCCAACUCCUCGUACUGACUGUACCCCCAACAUGUCCUUCUGCUGCUUUGUUCUUUUUGCUUUCUUUUGCGGGACCACACAGUAUAUGGGAGAACACUAACCCUGCACAGAGCUUCACAGAUUGUACAUAGACAUCCCCUUAAAUCUGCCAGCAUCCCACAGCCAGGCUCCUGUGCCCCCCACCCUGCUGUCCCCGGCUGUUCCCCUGGUGGCUGGGGUUGGGUUAGGGUCAGGGUUAGGGUCAGGUCUUGCUGCCAGGCGGUGCAGGCAGGACAGCAGCAGGGGAAGGGAUCCCUCACAAUGGGGCUGUGCCCGGACAGGCUGUGCUGAUGUGAGUGCCCGGAGCUGCAGAGCUCCACAAGCUGCAGCCUGAGCCCCACAGCCCGGGGCUGUGCAGAUCUGCUGGGAGCACACCCGGCUGCGUGGGAACAGCACAGCACAGUGGCCCUCUGGCCCGGCCCUGUGCCAAACCAGCUCUGGGUGUUUCUGGGGAGGGACGGUGGCACAGUCAGUGCCUGCUUGUCAUGCACCGUGCCCCUUCCAAGCAGAUCUUGGAUGGAUUUCCACCCAUCUGCCUCUCUCUGGUAUUAAGAAUUGGGUUUUUUAAUAGGGUGUGCAGGGGUGAGCUGGGGGCACGCUGUGUGCACGCAGACCCACACGCAUGGAGCACAGGGCAGCAGCAGCACAGGUGUGAUUCCUGCAGGAAGGUUCUCAGUGGGUUUGCAGGGGGAAGCUCCUUCUGAGGAGCCCCAUGAGCUCUGCAGCAGUCUAAGGAUGCAAGGACUUCAAGGGGUGCUUCCAGAUCAGCCCAAGGACACACAGGAAGCUUCUCUAAUGCUGUAGGAGGUAGAGAAACCAUAGCAGAGGGGUGAGAACCACACAGCCCCUGCAGCACUGGGACCCCGGGGGCACUGAGCACAGCUGCAGGUGGGCGCUGAGCCCCGGGAUGGAGCAGGGUGCCUGGGGCUGCCUGAGUUCAAAGCCUGAAAAUCCAGCUGUGCAACUCUGUCCUGGGUUGGCACCCACGGUGCUGCGCUCAGCCCCUCGUGCAUCCUGCCCUUAGACCCUUACAGCCCUCCUUUGGAUGCUCUCUGAUAGCUCUGCUCCGAUUCCAUGCCUGGAGGUGAUGCCCCCAGGUCUCUGAGCUGUCCCACCCCUUCCCACUCAGCCCACAGGGUCUGCCCCCCCCCCAGCCCUGCAGUGCCCUCAAUGUUUGGGGUUGGCUCUGAGCGUUGGGAUGGGAAUGGCUGUGUUUGGGGUGUGAGGUCCCAGGGGACAGCAGAGGCUCAGCUGUUGUUUCUAACUCUGUCCUGGCUGCCCUGGGAAGCCCGCAGGCUCUGUAAUCACCUCUGGGGUCAAUGGAAAGGGGUACAGUUCCUGGUAGAGGGCAAGAAUGGAUGAGUGGGAUGGCCCCAGGGCCAAGAGUUGGGGAUGGGACCCACCAGCAUUGCUGGAAAGCCACGUCAGGGGCAGCAGCUUUGUGUGGGGUGUCCAAACCACUUGUAGGGGUCAGAUGUCUUGAAUUUGGGGCUCUGACACCUUCAGGAUGUGGCACAGAAGGAUAUGGUCAGUGGGUAUGGUGGGGAUGGGUUGGGUUGGACUUGGGCGUCUCAGAGGUCUUCUCCAGCAUUAAUGAUUCCCGGGGUCCAACCUCCCCAUACAGCUCUGGGAAUUCAGUGUUGGCAUCCAUCUCCUCAGAGACAGCCCAGAACAGCCCCUGCUUUGAAUCAGUGUGUCCCAAGCACUGGAUUAUUUUGCAAAGAAUUUGAUCUCACACUGAUCUUCCCCAUAGAUUUCCAGAUUGUCCCCAUCCUACACAUGAAGAGCUCAGAGGGCAUCUCGUAAAACUACAGGCGACAUCUCAUAAAGCAACCCCAGUGUCUCCAGGCAGCUCAUCACCGUGUGUGAGACAGUGGCAGGGACCCAAAAUGUCCCCAUGACAUCAGGGGGAUGGGGACACCCACACCUCCUGCUGGUCCUAUGGCUGCUGGUCCUACAGCUCAAAGCCUAGGGCUGAGGGGAGCCCCCAUCCCUCCCCUCCUCCUCCACCCAGGUCCCUACAGAGGACGAAACCUGAGCCUGGAGCCAAUGGCAUCCCAAAAUUGCCUGCGCUGCACCCCGAGCCCCAUUCCCCAGGCAGGGCUGUGAGGAAUGCAGGGUCUUUUGUCACCAGCUAAAUUUGGCUCCUCUGUGUGCAGAGAACAAUCCCAAGGAGAGAUGCUGGAGGCACAGCCCCGCGGGCAUCUUGCCUUAUAAAGGGCUGCCAUAACACCUCCUCCUGCAGCCUGGGAUCCACCACGCUGAUCCUGUUCCUGCUGGGAUCAGAGCAGGUGAAGCCAGGAUGGGACUGCGACUGCCACUGCCAC